UAAUAUACACGUGUGGAAUGUAAACAUAUAUUGUUGGCGAGGAAAACUGUAAUAUUUUGCUUUUAUCGCAAAUACGACUCCAGAAUUUUAUUUUUUUGAUGGGAAAUGGCUUUGGAUGGUCUGAAGAUGAAGGGUAACAAUGGCUGGAGUUGCAAAUUUAGUUUGGAGAAUGCAAAAACAUCACAUCAAUGUAAGCGAAACGCGCGGAAUAUUAUUAAUAUAGAAAUGUAUUUAUUAUAAAAUAUUGUGUGUAUGCAUAGACUUCUGGUCAUACUAAUCUGGUCAUACAUGUAUUUUAAAUGCGCCCUACUUUAUUAUUUUUCUCUGUCUAACUCUAGACGAUGUUACUCGUCAAGGGGAGAGUGCUGCCACUCAAUGGGUUAAUUUAAUAUUAACGAUUAACUUUGAUUUUUCAAUAGUGCCAAUAAUUAUUGGAAAACCUAAGAUCAGUUACUCUACACUGAAACAGUUAUGUUCAAUCGAAGGUCUUGGAAAUAGGUAAAAAUUGACAAAUUUACACAAUAUGGAGGCACGUCAUCCCUCAAGCACAUCAUCUCUCUGAUGGGCCAAUAUUAAUGUGACAGUCUACUUUAUAUCACAUUUAUACACAAAACAAAUUAUCUGAUGAACUAUCGUAUUUUGCCCAAAUUUGUCCAGAGAAAUCUGUCUGGUGUGAAUCAGUUAUCAACUAAUUGUGCUUUUUAAUUGUUUAAUACACAGAAGGAGUGAUUCAUCAAAAGAUGCUCAUGAUACAUUUAUGAAAAACUACUCCAAAAUUUUGAAAUCUUCAGAAGAAAAAUUGCCAGCUCUAGAUCUUAAACCACAUGCAAAUGGCAAUGGGUAAUUUCUCAAAAUCUUCAAGAAUCUUAAUGCAUCGGUCCAGCACUAUUUUCCACCCUAAAACUAUGAUACCCUUAUUUUCCUAGAAAGCUGGAUUAUAAUUCUCAUAAUGGGGCAGAAACGUCUCUGAUUCCACAUGGUACGGAAAAAUAAUGUAGAAUUCUUGCUUGUAACAUUGUACAAUAUAUGCGUCAUCGCAAUAAUACGCGCUUAUUCAAAACGAAUAAUUAAUUUGCGCAAACGAGUUAUAUUAAAUUCUGAAAACAAACUGAUAAAUAAUUGUCAAAGAAAAUGUGAAUGAAUUGUUUAAUCAAUACUGUAGCUAAUUGAUAUAGCCUCGAUUUUCAUGGGAAAAACAUUUAUAUCUUUCUAGACUUUGUGUUAGAGUAGUUGUUUACUUGUUUUGAAUUCUCAAUUCAGAUCAUCGUCAAGCGCAUUAUUGUCCCAGCUCCAAUUAUGCAACAAGUCACAACAUCCGUGAACAUCUCGCUCUGCUACACAAACAACACGUGACCCACACAAAGGAUGGAAUACUGAAUGCUAAAUCUCAUUCAUUGAAACGACUUCUCCGAAAAUUGUAGGUUAUAACAAAUUAAUUAACCUCAACUAACCUUAAUUAGUCUUAAUUAACUUGCUAAUUAACAGCUAAUCAUUGGACAACUUGCAUGUUAGACUAAAUUUUAAUCUAAGUAAAGAGAAGGGAAUCAAACACAACAGUUAAAAAGAACAUAAUGAAAUUUGUAAACUGCAAAAUUUGGUUGCGAAAUCGGUUGUAAAAUACAGAAAAUAUAGCCUUGCAAAGUUUGCAUAUUUUCAGUAUAUUUGUAUUACGUGCGGAAAUUGUUACCUUUUACCAUGUUCGGCUCAAAAAUGGUAACAAUUUCCGCACGUAAUACUGUAGAAACAUACUGAAAAUAUGCAAAUACUGAAAACAUUUCGUAACCAAAUUUUGCAAUUUUACUGAUUUUAAUAAGUUUUUUACGGGAAUUUAAUUUUUUUGCCUAAAUCAAAAAUUAGUCUAACAUGCAAGUUGUCUAUUAAACCAUUGAGUCAUGUUGCGCCCUACUUUAUUAUUUCAUUAUAUAUUUUAUACUCUGUCUAACGGCAAACGUCAAACCGCUGACGAAUUGUUUGAUUUUACAACUUGAGUCUAUCUGACAUUGCGAAAUUUGAACGAACUAUAUUUUGAGAUAUAGAUUUUUUUCUUAAUCAGGCCAUUUGAACGCACACGGAGCGACCAAGAAGCAAUCUACCAAGAUUUGCAGUAUUUCACAGAACUAACGUCACGAAUUCCUUUGAAAAUCUUACGAGAACUUUCCACGGUUAUUCAACUUGAGAAAUGGAAUAAUACCGGCUACACUGGUAAUAUUUUAAACAUUUACCUUAAGACAGUUCGUUUCUCUUAUUUAUGGUAUAUAUUUGCAUGUAGUGUGUUUUAAUAGUAAUACUCUUAUAAUGGUAGUUCAACAAGUUUAUUCUUUCCAAAUGUCAUCUUGAAGAAGUACUGUUUCAUAAAAGUCUAUAACUUUAGACUUUUAUGAAACAGUACUUCUUCAAGUCUGAACAUCUGGAAAACCAUCUUAGUAUUGAAUUCUUAUUUUGUAGUAUUCGGCCACAAUGAACUCUAUCUCAUACUAAAAGGAAGUGUGAUACCAUGUAAUGAAAAGAAUGUUGCGCACUGUGACGAAGAUAUAGAGUCGGAAAAGGUUUUUAUUGUACAUUUUUUCGGAAAAAGGUUUAGGCCAAGAGCAGUGGAUAGCUCUAUAAAGCCCCGUUUACACUAUGCUCCAUUUUUGGUACCGUACCACUUUUUUGGUUCUUGUACCAGUACUACCUAAAUAGGUAGUCCAAGAACCAAAAAAGUGGUACGCGGGUACCAAUUUUAUCCGUGCCGUACCAAAAAUUGAGCGUAGUGUAAACGGGGCUUCAGUUGUAAUCUGUUCUCUCUAAAAGUCCAGAAAGGGUCAUCUCUAAAGGCCGUUUUCCACUAGGCGAAUUUUUUCGCGCGACGCGAAGCGAAAACCGAAAUCCGGCAACGUGAUUGGUCGGCGAAAAAAUUCGCGGCGAAAAAGUAGGAUCGCUUCCUACUUUUUAUCUGUUCGCGCGAAUAAAUUCGCCUAGUGGAAAACGGCCUUAACUGGUCUGGUAUUACAGGAGGAAAGUUAACAUGAUAUUCGGAGAAAACGUGCGGUGUUUUGCAGAGUCAAACGUUGGAUAAAAGAAAUUUUCCAUGCAUGAUCAACCUCCUUUCACAUGCGACUGAAAUUUGAAUCGUACCUGGGCGAACUAUCUACUUUGCCACCAAACCCUUACACCUGGAUCUCAAUUUAUUAAGUAGGUAAACUCCUACAAGGCCACACCAACUGGAUCAUCAAUUUUAACUUUUUAUUAUUUUUAGCUAGUUGCUGGACAGUGCUUCGGUACGCUACAUCCACCCGAAUCCGAUAACAGUUUUGAUCACAGCAACGCAAGGUAUUCAUAGUAAAAAUACAAAUUAUAAAAUGUUUUUUCCAUAUAGAACUCUUUAUAUAUGUUAGUCAUGUACUACACGUUUCUAUAUAAAUAUUAUUUUUUACAGAAUUUCUUCCGUGAUGACAUUAGAACCUUGUGAAUUUGUGAAAAUUUCGGCAAGAGAUUUCAAAAAAAUGAAACAGGUAGUUAACACAUGUAUUCCGUAUCUCAUUCCAAAAAGAACUAUUUAAUUUAAGGAGGGUUUUCAUUUGGUCGUGGUCAGGCCAUGAUCGCCGAUAGAAUGGUCUAUAUCUUUUCUGUUUAUGCUGUAUGUAAUUCAGUCUUUACAAUGGUCACCGACUAUAGACACAAGGAAACAAGGCGUACCCAGGCUCUUUCCACUACGCUCCAGCGAGGAGCGUGGUGGAGGUUGGGCUUUAUGUGACGUUGUGAAACUCAUUAAACUCAUUAAUAAACUCAUUAAACUCAUUACAUAAACUUGAAGAACAUAAGUUGAAGUUCUCACCAAUAUCAUUAAUUUAUUUUAUUAAAUUGUUAAAGAAUACGAAUGUUCUCAUCAAGACAUGUCACAAGCCAUUCACAACAUUCGCGUUCGUGUUGUAUCUGAUAUCCGACCUUUGCUUAUGUUGAACAUUCGAAUAUUUAUUUUAGCUUGUUGAUAGCAAAGUAACGAAUCAAAAUUUGGAACUGAUGCAAUCGUGCAGACUGUUUGAAAAUUGUUCCAAGGUUGCUUUGGGAAAGAUUGUCGACCUCAUUCGGUGGAAACACUUUCGCCCUGGAACAGGUUGGCAUAAUUUGGAAUUUGAAUGACAAGGAUUUAGACUAGUCAGAGAAUUUCCUAUUUCUUUACUUUCAUUAGUUCUCGUAAACGAAGGUGAGUCGUGUCGGGUUAUUGGGUUUAUCAGCGAAGGAACUUGCAAUCUGAAACGAUGCGUCGACGUGGCCAAGGCCAACAGAGAUGGAACAAAGGUGUGUUGUUAUCCCAAGCAAUUUUGUCUCUUGAGAAGCUUACAGUUUCACUCUACCGAACACCACAUUUCUCAAUGUACUCUGGUUUUGCCCUGUGGUAACACUGAAAAUGAGCCUUUCUGGACCUGUAGGAGAACAGUUUGGAACUGAUAGAGCUAUCCAGUAUGAAUAAAUUUAGUUUAGGUUUCCUCCUGUAGUAAUAUUGGAUCAAUAAGAGAUGAACCUUACUGAACCUCUACGGAGAACAGUUCAGAACUGAUAGAGUUAUCCAUCUAUAAAUAAAGUUAGUUUAGUUUAGGAUUCUUCCUGUAUUAAAAUUAUAGUCCAUUAAGAGGUGAUCCUUUACUGGACCUCUAGGGCGAACAGUUUAGAAUAUUGACAGAGCUAUCCAGUAUAAAUAACGUUUAGCUUUGUUAAGCAUAUUUAACAUUUAUAUUUAAGGAUCGUUGUCAGAAACAAGUGAUCGUUGGUAAGUUGGGUCCAGGCGAUUCGUUUGGUGAGUGUACUGUGUUACGAAAGAAACGGAUAGCUUACUCCGUAGUCACUUCGUCUUAUGUUCAGCUGGGUGUGAUCUCACAGCAUGAUUUUAAUGGUAGGUAGUGUAUGAUUUAAUGGUUAAGUUUGCAUAAUUGGGGUUACAUAAUUGGGGGUGAUAACGAUGGUAGUUAUUGUAGUGGUUAGGAUGAUGGUGGUUUAUAUGGUGCAAAGUUAUGGUGGAAAUAGUUGGCUGUAAUGAUGGUAUGGUGGUGUGUUUAUGAAUAUGAUGGUAGUAGUGAUGAUGAUGAUGGUGGUGGUGAUGAUGGUGUGACGGUGAUGGAUGUAGCGGUGAUGUUAAUACACUAAAUGAGGUGGUAAUAGUUAUUCAUAAAUAUUCCUCCUAGAUGUUGAUGAAAUCACAAAGUCUCUUCUAUCACAAUGUUACGAAGCUAUGGACAACAAUUUAGGAGAGGUAACAACGUCUUUGCUCAGUUAAAUAAUACUAUACGUAUUGUAUAAACGUUACUGUACACGUAGUAGCGAUCUCUCUUUUUAUCAAUUUAGGAAGAUCUUCAGAAACAAUAUAUUGAACAACAGAAACAACAAGAAUGGAGAAAAUUCAAGGUUCUUGUUUCUUCUAAAUAUCAGUAUCGAUUCUAUUUGAAGGUGUCGUUGAUGGCGCAUCGAUUAUAGUCCAGGAUAUAGAUUCAUGUCUUGAUGUUUAUGGGUUAGGGUCAGGGUAAGGAUUAGGGUCAGCAUUCAUAAACUGCAUGCGAAACAUGAAUCUAUAUAAUCACAGUUCAGGUGCUUUCGUCAGAGUAAUUCCGCCUCAUUCGCAUGAACAUGCAAGAAGGGUAUACCGGUAACCCUAUCUCUGGGGAGAACAGCUUAGUACUGACAGAGCUAUCCAGUAUUAUCAAUAUAAACAACGGUUAGUUUUGUUUAAUAUCGAUAGACUAACCUCAUUCUCUUUGUAGAGAAAUGUUGUUCACGAAGUCAUUUUCCAUCGAUCAAUUCUUCCUGGUUAUGGCAAAUGGAGUCGAAAUCCCACACUGGAAGAUGUUGCAAAUCUUGCGUAA